AUGAGAGUCGUUGGGUUCGGUUGGGUUUUGGCUGCCACUUUAAUAAGACUAGCCAUCGAAGUAGUUGCGGAUUCGAGUUCCUAUUUCACUGAAUACAAUUCGAGUCCAAAGAAAGCUGUAGCUGCUAUACAACAUAUCCAUGUCUUUGGGGAGUCGAACUAUAUGAGGGUCAAGACCUACAUCCACGAUGAUCGCAGCCACUUCGAUCUAUAUGUCCAGUUGUUACAUGAGCUGGGCAGCAACCAUCUUAUCAUGAACAUAAAGGUUCGGGUUAAACCCGAUGGAACUAGCGUUUUCGUCCCAUUAUUCGAACUUAGGCGCAUUAACUUUUGUGAAUUUCUCAGCGAAUAUAGGUCGAAUCCGGUAAUGAAGUUUAUGUUCAAGAAAAACAUAAAUCUGAACGAUAUCAUCGUGUGUCCCGUCCGCGUGGGAAACUAUUCCUUGCUGGACUCCGAUGUGGCUGGAAAUAUGCAGACCCAAGGUAUCCAGAACGGCACCUACAAGUUCUUUGCCGAAAUUGUCGAGGAAAUCGGAGAGAUUGCCAAAGUAUUUGCCCUACAAGUCACUUCGAUGGUAUAUAUUGUAGACAAGGAACUGGAGUGCCAAACUCAAGGAACUUCUAUUAAAUGUGUGUAG